GGCUCCGUUCUAAUAUAAAUGUUUUUGUGUAUGAGUUUAAGCAGUUGUCCUAAACUCAUUGACUAAUGUUUAUAAUAAUAACUGUUAGAUUGCAUUUCAUUUGCCAUGUUUAUAAAAUGUUUUCUAAUCGUGUUCUGUCCCUCAAUGUUUUUCAGUUUCGCUAAAUGCCUUACAAAGAAUAGUAAAUCUGGCCCUGUCUAUUUUGAUGGCUGACUAAAAUCUGAAUUUUACAAGAUUUGUUGAAUACAUGGGUUGUGUUUUAUUUUUAAAUAUGGCCUAAUAAAGAAGCUGUUCCUUAAGAUCUACACACACACCCAAAGCUAAAUCAAGGCCCGAAGUCGCCGUAUUACCGUCUUUAGAUGACGUUUCCGCUUUGGGUCUUUUAUUUUGACACCAGACCAAAUCGUGAAUUCACGUGACGGUCUCAGUAUCAAACAUGGCUUUCAUUACAGAAGAGCAGUUCACUGCUUUGCAACUGCUGUUAAAGGCUCCGUCUAAAGAUGCUGUUCGGCAGAUCUGCACAGAGAGUUUCCCAAACGGAGCCUUCAAGACUCAAUCUGUAGUGGAGAAAACUGCUAAUGCUCUCUCUGUGUCUCACAAAGAAGCAGUCCAGUUGCUGACUGCAUUUCACACCCUCUCACAUCAUAUUGUAUAUCAUAACUUAACAUCUCCGGAGCAGAUCCUGUCAAUUUUCCCAGAAUCAUUCCACUCAAACCUGAAGAACCUGAUCACCAAAAUUCUCUUGGAGAACAGUGCCAAAUGGAGAAGCGAAGCUCUGGCAAAUCAAAUUUCGCUGCCAAAGCUGGUGGAUAUGGAGUGGCGAGUGGACAUGAAAACUGCUUCAGACUCAUUGAGUCGUAUGGCUGUGCCAACCUGUCUGUUACAAAUGAAACUUCAGGACACUCCGUGCAUUAGUGGUGGUCCCAGUGAGUCUACAGUAACAAUGGAGCUGAGUAAAGAAACGCUGGACACCAUGAUAGACGGUUUGGGUCGCAUUAGAGAUCAGCUCUCUGCAGUGACGAGGAAGUAGAGCAGAACAAGAGACGCUGCACCUUUACCUGUCUGUGGACAUUCAGAUGGAGAAUGGUGGAGACUGGAAGAAUCCUGCAAAUGUAAAAAAAAAAAAAAAAAAAAGACAUUAAAUAUAGUCUUGGCAGAUUCACAUUGGGAAAUAGUUUGCUCUUGUUUUCUGUUUUAUUUCAUGUUUAUAACCUAUUUGAAUGCUGUUUUUUACUAACGUUUCCAUUCCAGAAAAUCAGUUUUAUUGUUGUGAUACAUUUUCACAACAACAAACUUAACAAAAGCCUAAUAAAUUACAAUUUUACUCUGUUAAGUGGAUUUAAAUACUUUUUCAGCUUACCACUGGCAAUAAAUGGUGUUUCUAAACGUUAAAAUAGUUGCUCUAGUAGUUAGUAAAUGACAUUUCCAGUGUUUCAUUUUAUGCAUGACCAUGAGAGGCGCUGUAAACGUCAAUCUUUUAUGAAUCUGUGAAAUAUUUCAAAAUAAAAGUGUGAGACCCUCUGAGAAA